CAUUGUUCUGCUUGUAUGCAUUCAGAAGCCAUCUUCUAGUAUGGAUCUUUAAGCAAUUGAUGUCUAACUUCACUUGUUUGCUUUCACGUAGGGUGGAUUGUAAUGGAUGAUGAACAAUUCCAGUUUCUAUCUGGAAUCAUGAUUCAUCCUUUGGCAGGCAAAGUCAAGGAACUACCUUAUACGCCAAUGUCUGCAACAAGUGACAGACUGCAGAUGGAUGAGGACAGUGCAAUUGUUGAAUCAAAAAUCAGUCAAAUAAAAGACAUUUUCCCUGAUCAUGGAAAAGGUUUCUUGACUGCUUGUCUUGAAAUUUAUAACCAGAAUCCAGAAGAGGUGAUACAAAGGAUCCUUGAGGGAACCCUCCAUGAAGAUCUACAGACCUUGGACACUUCAUUGGAGAAGAUUCCACCGCCCAAGACUGCUUCAUCUUUGAGUAGGUAUGAUAAGGGGAAAGGGAAAUUAAUGGAGCCUACAACGGUGCCCUCUACAAUAAUGGUUCCUUUAGCAGGAGAGGAACAAGCUGAAGGACCUUCAUUUUCAUCCUCAUCUUCAGCUGGGAGAUAUGUCAGGAAGGCUUCGACCGACAUGCCUGAUUCUGAGACUCUUGAUUGUAGAGAUGAAAAGAAUUUGGCAAAGACUGCUUUUCUUAUUUCUCAACUCGAGUAUGAAGAUGAGUAUGACGACUCUUUUGAUGAUUUAGGACUUAGUGUUGGUGAUUCAGGACUGGAGGAAACUGAGUCACUGGGGGAGAAGCUAAACUUGAAUAGGGAGAGAUCACGUGAGACAUAUACAGGAAGCCCAGCUCCUAAUGCUUCUAAUUCAAAAUGGAACUCACGUAAAACACCCCAAUUCUAUGUCAAGGAUGGCAAGAACUACAGUUACAAAGUUGAGGGCUCAGUCGCUGUGGCAAAUUAUAAUGAAGCAUCAUUAGUGAAUGAAGCCCAGAAAGAACUGAUCCAUGGCCUUGGGCGUGGUGGUAAUCUGCCUUUAGGUGCAAUUAAAAGGCUGACCGAGACAAAUGAGGAACAGGACGAGGAGGCUGAUGUUAAUGAGAUGGGAGGGCGAGGUAAUCCAGGAGCUACAAGGGGUAGAGGAAGAAGGGGUGGGGCAAGCAAUCAUCACAGGAAAGAUCGAGCCUUGAGGAAGCAAAUUUCUGGGUUCAGUGGUCGUUAACUAUACAGAGGGAAAAGGAUACUCAUCUUUCUGCUUUUAUAUGAUCAAGAAACAUGGGCUUCUUGGAAUGCACCUUGACCCUUUCUCUGUAUGGCUGUGAACAAUUUUUGUCAGAGGGUAAGGCUGUGGCUCUCGUGAAAGAUAUUUAAAUAUUGGUGGAUCAAAUGUUUUGCCGUAUUUAAUUAUUACAGGUAAAUACAAAGAAGCUUUUUAAGAGUGAUAAAUUAGACUGUUACUUGAUAUCCUU